CCCACUCCCCCCAGGCAUUCUCAGCCCCAACUUCCCCUGGUCUUUUCCUCUGGUCAGCUGUGUGUAAAUGGGGAGGGAGGGGCUACUAGAGGCAGGGAAGGGAGGAGCCUUUGGCAUUAUAAAUUCGAAAAAGGCCACUCAAGUCCCAGAGCUGCAUCCCAGAAAAUCUACUCUGUCAGCGGCUGCAGCUGCUACCAUUCUCAGGACCCUCAUGAUGAAAGGCCUUCUGCUGCUCAGCCUAUCUGCUCUGUUCUGCUGGGCCUCAGCUGACAUUCGCUGUCACUCCUGCUACAAGGUCCCUGUGCUGGGCUGUGUGGACCGUCAGUCUUGCCGGCUGGAGCCAGGACACCAAUGCCUGACAACACAUGUAUACCUCGGCAAGAUGUGGGUUUUCUCCAACCUGCGCUGUGGUACAUCAGAGGAGCCCUGUCAGGAGGCUUACAACCAAACCAACGGCAAGCUGGGCCUGACCUAUAACACCACCUGCUGCAACAAGGACAACUGCAAUAGCCCGGCCCCCCGGCCCACUCCAGCCCUGGCCCUCAUCUUCCUCACCUCCUUGGCUGGCCUUGGCCUCUGGCUGCUGCACUGAGACUCACUCCAUGGCUGCCCCCCCCCCCCCGCCUGCCUUAGCCCGAGCAUCUCCCCCUGUGUCUCUGCAACCCGUGGCUUCCCAAAGUCGUCUCUCCCUCUCUGUUUUGCUCUGAAAAGAAUUUCUCCAGUCCCUUCCCAUUUCUUUAAAUUGCCCCAGAGUGGUCUCCCUCUCCAUCCUUCCCACCCCAUUCCCCUACUCUGGUUUUUCUCAGUCCCUUCCCAUUUCCCUCUGGACUUCAGAGCCUCCAUCGGUCCCUAGAAGGAUGCCCCACUUUGUGUCCUACACGCUACUGUGCCCUACUUGAGGAGGGAUUGGGAUCCGGGCCUGAAAUAGGGCUUCUGUCCUGUCCCCAGUGAAGGCUCCCAGGAAGGACCUGAUGAUCCCAGUGCAUGGGCUGAUUCCCCAAACUCUGGCUCCCAUAUGUGCCCAGUCCCCAUACUCACCUCUUU